AAUCCAUACUCUUAAUACCUCAAACCGUAGGCAGAAUAGAGAUGUGGAAAAUACAACACCAGCACCACCUAUUGAGGAAGUUGAGCAUUCUCCAUCUAUUAUUAGUAGAAAGAGUCAAAGACAUUUACCAUAUCCCACUUCACCCCAUAAUAAUACUAAUAUAAACAACCCUAAUGAAGCACAAAAUAAUAAUCAGAGCCAAGACAGUUCUAACUACAAAGUAGCUGUCUCCGGCA